UGUUUUGCGGAUAUCGACUGGAAUAUGUUUUAAUUGAAUAACGACUUUUUUUUAUUAACCUAGCAAACAAAACUGUGGGUGUCUCUGAAUAGUGAUAGCCUUUGUUUCAGGGGGAAAUUAUAUGCAGUUGGACAUCUAAUCAAAGCUGGUCAACAAGGCACAUUUAAUUCGGCAAUCAAUAUGCGAUAGGAAUUCAAAAUGUGUACUUGUUGAAUUUUGUUCGUCUGAUGUUAAAGUAUCCUCACAUCUUUGCGGCACUGCAUCCAAUGUUUAUCUUAUUUGGAUGAUUUUGCAACUACGGGCACUUCUAUGUCCUCGGGGUAGUACAUUUUUUGAAUUUAUAGAAUUGUUUAUUUUUUAAUUCUUUAUAUGUUAAGUUCACACGACAAUUACCCCAUUCUGUUUUAACACCUCUCUAUCAAUUAUUUUAGCAUUUUUUCAAAUGAAUUUUAUACCUUCAUUUCACUUUUGCCCUUGUUCCUGACCCAGAAUGUUGAACUUCUACUAUGUUUUUCUAUGGGAAAAUGUGUAAUUAUUAAUAAUGUGUAAUUAUUAAUGUUAACUACUAGUGAAAGAGUCAAUGAAAUUAAAUCUAUAUCAAUAUUUAUUAUGAGUAUGCCUUUUUAUAUUGUUUUUUUACACAAAAUAUACCUGUCCUUUGGUAGUUGUGUAAUUUCCAACACUGAGGACAAAUUCCUCAUUAAUAAAGUUUUUUCAAAAGACUUAAUUUAGUUACCAUGGAAACUUAUUGUGACACUGAAGCACGUGGCUGCAGUUUACAGUUGUUCCAGAUGUGAUGUCCAGAAGUUGAAGAAAAAUCUAGAAGAUGCCACAUAAAACAGUAGAGGUCACAGACAUGACAAAAAAAAUAUCCUAUAUGAUACCAGGAACAUUUGCAAUAAGACAGGGAGAGAUGCUGGAAGAAAAAGGAGAAAGGAGAAGUGAAAUCUAUCUCUGAGCUGACAAAGCGAGAUCAAAGAAGCAAGAGAAGACAAUGGAAAUGCAACCAAUGGAAUAGAAGGCAGGCUUGAAAGAGAACAGUUGCAAUGGAGACCUACCUAUCAGGCAACACAACACCUCAGUCAACAGAUGACUUGCAGCCAGAACAUGAGGCCAACAUACCUGCCCCUGAUGCACACCAUUAUACCCCUUCCUAGUCGUCUGCAACAGGAAUGAGAAGUCAAACACUUGCUGGAAGUAAAAAGGUUGGAAGAGGUCGCUCAAAAACAUACACAGAUCUUUGCAUGACAAUGUCAAACUUGAUAAUGCAUUACGGAAAGCUGAGAAAAACUGAUGAAGAAAAUGGGGAGAAAGAUUCCCCAAAGACAAAAAGAAAGGGAACUGAAGGGAACUCCGAAGAACUUGAGAAGGAUUUUAUUUUAUUGUUUCAAAAUGCCAUCAUUGCAGAGUUAAAGCAAAAAUAUCAAAAAAUGUGCAUUACCAAGGACAAACAAGUGGCUUAAAAAAUGCUCAGAGGCAACAUCCUGAGAAAGUAUGACCUGGUCAAAGCCGCAAACGGAUCAUUUGAAUUUUCAGCAAAAGCAAUGAGGGCAAAUGAAAACAGGCCAACAAGUCUUCAGUACUCCAGGAAAAGCAGUGUAACAGAAUUAGCACAGCCACAGAAGAGAAAAUCACCUGAUUUUAUGAACGUGAUGACAACAGUAGAGCAACAACAGGGGAAAAGGACACACUAAGAAGAAAAAGCAGAAGCGCUUCUUUAAUGGCAUAAUUCAGAACCUUUUCCUACUAUGCAUUCUGCAAAAUACGUCCUUUUUGGGUUGUCAAGCCAACAAUCCAUGAUAGGGACACAUGCCUCUGCAAAACCUACGCCAACCUCCAGUUCAUGGCAGACAAACUACAGCAUCACAAAGUGAUCAGCUGCAGCAACAUUGAGAACCUUAUUGAGUCUUGUGCUGUGGGAACCCGAAGAAAGAGUGCAUGUACACAGUGUGCUCUCUUUGUCUAGAAAAAUUGUUAAAAACAUUUGACUUUGAUUCUGGUGAUCAGACAUGGUGGUUUGAGUGGAAAAACAAUGCUGAAGAGAGAGAGAGAAGAAAAACAAAGACAUUUGACAGUAAACGAAAAGGUGUGUGGCACACUGCAGAUUCUACUGGAGGACUUCUCCAAAGGAUUGAAAGAGAAGUUGGCGAAACACGUGCACAACAUUUGACACCAAUACUCAAAACUGAGAUAAUUAAAAGUGAAUCUGGAGAAAGAGGAGAUCAUCAUGCAUAUUGACUUUGCAGAGAACUACCUGUGUAAAGACACCAGUGAAAUCUCGGCAGUUCACUUUGGUGAUUCAUACAAGCAGGUGACCCUCCACACCUGUGUUGGAUAUACCACAAUUAUACUGUUUCACUUUGCUCACUGAGCUCUUCGAUAACCCCUCUGCUAUCUGGGCCCGUCUCUCAAAACUGGCCUACUUUCUUGAGCUCUGCCCAUCGGCUACUGCUGUACACUUUGAGUGAUGGGCCUACAACCCAGUAUAGGUCAACAUUUCUUUUAUACUAUCGCUCCACCCUUCCGUUUGAAAUGGGCUUCCAGAGAGUCACAUGGAAUUUCCUAGAAGCCGGACAUGGAAAAGGCCCAGCUGAUGGGGUAGGAGCAUCUGUGAAACAAAGAGCAGAUGGAAUUGUGGCACAAGGCAAGGACCUCCCAAAUGGAAGAACUGUAUUUGAGGAAUUGUCAAAAGUUCAGUCGGCUGUCAAGCUCUUAUAUAUCUCAAAGGAGAUAAAAGAGCAUGGAGGCCCUCCCAUCAGAUCACCUGGAGACAAUCUGUGGGACAAUGAAGAUACACCAGGUAAUAGUUGUGGGUUAUUUUAUGUCAAAUCUCACAUUUGUUAUACAAACAUUAUCACUACACUAUGUAUCACUAGACUAUGAUAUCAUUACAUAUUUUGAAUGUGCAUAACUUUUAGAAUAGAUUUUUCCCAGAUCGUCAGCGACAGUCCAGAGGAUACUCAAUUGCCUCUGUUCCUUUCCACAUCACUGCACUCCACAGACUGUGACUUUGUUUGAAAAAAUAGAGGCAGACCAAGAUGGAAAAUCCAACACAUCUCACAGCGCCUUCCAGCCCAUUGAAGAUCUAAGUGAAGCAUUGAUUGGAAAGUGGUGUGUGAUGGAGUAUGAACAGGACGUUUACCCUGGUAUCGUGCAAGACGUUCACACAGAGAGUGGUGCUCUUGUUAAAACCAUGAGUCGCGUUGGCCCCAACUGUUUUUUUUGGUACAGACCACAACAUGUGCUUGGACUUGCCCCUGAACCCAUUCCCGUGACCAAAAGGCACAUGGAGCUGGAUGGUUGGUCUGAGAGGAACGUGGCUCUAUUUCUAAGCCUUAGAUACUCAUAUACAGUAUAAAGCAGGACAUAAAAUCAUACCGGAAAUAAAACAUGUGCAGCUCUCAAUUAACUUUUGCAUCAAUAUAUAGGUGCUGGAAGUUCUAGUUGUUGCAUCUAAGUGUAGUCAAAGACAAAACAUUGUUCUCAUGUUAAAAAGGUGCUAGUUCCAGUGUUUUAUAAUCUUACUUUGUCUUAUAUUAUUUCAAUGUUUAACAACGGUUGUGGUUCAAAAUGUUAGCAAUAAAAUAUUGUUUUCCUACGUUUAUUUUUUUUACAUAGAUGUAAUUUCCACCACAACACAUAUUUCUGAGGUAAAUGAGUAAUAUUAUGUAUAAUUUACAUUGAUUUGUUUUAGAUAGGGAAAUCAUAUGGUUGUUAUCAUAAUCUCACAAAAAGGUUGGGUGGAAAUAUCGUAUUUUUCAUGAUAAACGUUUUCAGCUGUCGCCAAGGCAAUACAAGUUCAUGUACCCAUAAGAAAUGUGUUAAAAAUAAGUUCAUUUUCAACUGAAAUGGAUGAUUAAUGACAUGAUGGAAAUUACAUUUGUCUGGCUGUCUGGGAAAAAUGACAAAAAUAGUACAAAUGCAGCCAUUAUCAGAUAUUGUUUCUAGACAAAUCAAAGACAAUUGAAAUACUGGUAAAAUGGUGUUUGAAUAAGUUUAACACAGCCAAAGUGCCCAAAGUUGCAGAAUCACCCAUUUAUGUAAACGUUGUCUGGAUCCGAGUUCUUUGACCAGAUUUGUGGUUGAAAAUCUUUUUAACACAGGUACUAUGAAAUGGAGCCACAGUCCAAACGCAUCAAAUAAUCUGAGUGUGACAUAGACUCCUGGUUCGCUUAUCCUGUGCUGUCCAACUUUCACUCACAUGACGCUGAGCUAAUCGAGGCCUUUGCAGCUCCCAUCGUCAACAAGAAAGAAACCUCUCGUUUGAUAAAGGAGUUAGCCACAAUGUACCCGUUACCUGGACUGACGCACAUGAGAGUACGGGCAUGCAAGGAUAAGGGCAACCCUCACCCUCUGGAGAUCAUUGUAUGCCUUGCCAGUGAUGCACCAGACUUUGACUGCAGUAAGGACAUGCACAUAUCUGAUCUGCCGUCCUCAGGUAGAAUAAACUGUGUUGGUCUAGGGGACCUUUUCCUGGUCAAGACACCAGCAUGCCCUCCUUUGACCAGAUCAAAGUUUGAGCAGGCCAGGAAACACUGGCCCACCUAUUAGGAGGACAAGCAACUGACGGCGCUGAAAGGCCAGCUGUUCACCUCCUCUAUGAAAGCCAAGAUGCAGGACUACAUGAUGGUUGCUGUGGCUGCAGCAAGAGCAGGGCAGGUGAGAUGCAUGGAGGCUGUGGGGGCUGCGGUCGUUGAGCCAGAGGCAGUGAGGAUUGUCACUGUGGGACAUGACUGCUGGAAAGGCGUUCACCCACUUAAUCACACUGUCAUGGUCUGCAUUGACCUUGUGACACGUGGGCAGCAUGGUGGGGCCUACACCCAUGAUAAGUACCCCGCCUGCCAGUUUGUUUUGUGGGACAUUUCGGGUGACUCCUCACCCUCUGAAAUACAUGGCGCCACCACCAUGCCAACCUGUGGUGUCCUGCGGGACAAGGACAGUGCAGAGGAGAGCGGUCAGCUGUACAUCUGCACCCGGAACAACCUGUAUGUAACUUGAGAGCCUUAUAUUAUUUGUGCUAUGCUGCUAGUCCAGUCCAGGAUAGGCAGUCUUCUAUGGAACAGCCUCUACCGAUGGGGCAUUUGGGACUAAAUAUAAAAAUCGAUGCUCAAAAAUAUCAGACUCACCGCUUUGAGGUUUUCCAAGGAGUCUUGGGCCAACAGUACCAAAAUGAAUUCCUAAGGUUCACAUAUUGUUACAGGAAUGCUCUACCUUUAUAAUUGGAUAGUCUCACAUGUCAGAUUACUAUGCACACACGGUUUAUGAAUGAGAUCAAGGUGUAACGACAUUUUGGA